UUGUGGAAGAUGGAACUCUGUCCGUUUUCCAGAAUGUGUAUCCGAGCCCAUCAGUGGAACCUGACCCUACAGUGCUGUAUCGAAAUGCCUGAAAAGGACCCACAUUUCUGCCUGAACCUCCUGUCCUCUUAAAAUCAUGAUUGUCUCGGCGGUGUUGACUGCAUCCCAUACUGGGACAUCCAACACAACAUUUGUAGUCUAUGAAAACUCCCAUGUGAAUAUUACGGCGUCUCCACCAUUGCAACAUCCUAGUCCUGGUCCACUGCUUAGAUAUAGUCUGGAAACCAUGACCAGCACGGGACUUAGUUCCUUAGCAGUGAACAGCACAGCCAUGACCCCGACACCAGAAGUUUUUAAGAGCCUCAACUUAGCUCUCCAGAUCAUCCUUUCGGCUAUAAUGAUAUUUAUUCUGUUUGUGUCUUUCCUUGGAAACUUGGUUGUUUGCCUCAUGGUUUACCAAAAAGCUGCCAUGCGCUCUGCCAUUAACAUCCUUCUGGCCAGCCUGGCUUUUGCAGACAUGCUGCUUGCCGUGCUGAACAUGCCCUUUGCCCUGGUAACUAUUCUUACCACCAGAUGGAUAUUUGGGAAAUUCUUCUGCAGGUUGUCUGCUAUGUUUUUCUGGUUGUUUGUGAUAGAGGGAGUUGCUAUCCUGCUCAUUAUUAGCAUUGAUAGGUUCCUGAUUAUAGUUCAGAGGCAAGAUAAGCUAAAUCCAUACAGGGCUAAGGUCCUUAUUGCAGUCUCCUGGGCUACUUCUUUUUCCAUAGCUUUUCCUUUGGCUGUGGGAAAUCCCGAUUUGCAAAUACCUUCUCGAGCCCCACAGUGUGUGUUUGGGUACACAACUAAUUCUGGAUACCAGGCUUAUGUGAUUUUGAUCUCACUAAUUUCUUUCUUUAUACCUUUCCUGGUGAUACUGUAUUCAUUUAUGGGCAUCCUCAACACCCUUCGGCACAAUGCCUUGAGGAUUCAUAGCUACCCAGAAGGAAUAUGCCUCAGCCAGGCCAGCAAACUUGGUCUCAUGAGUCUACAGAGACCCUUCCAAAUGAACAUUGACAUGGGCUUUAAAACACGUGCCUUCACCACCAUCUUGAUCCUCUUUGCUGUGUUCAUUGUCUGCUGGGCCCCAUUCACCACAUACAGCCUCGUGGCAACCUUCAGUAAGCACUUCUACUAUCAGCACAACUUCUUUGAGAUUAGCACCUGGCUACUUUGGCUCUGCUACCUCAAGUCUGCGUUGAACCCACUGAUAUACUACUGGAGGAUUAAGAAGUUUCAUGAUGCCUGCUUGGACAUGAUGCCUAAGUCCUUCAAGUUCUUGCCACGUCUCCCUGGUCACACAAGGCGACGGAUACGCCCUAGUGCUGUCUAUGUGUGUGGGGAGCAUCGGACGGUGUUGUGAAUACUGUAACUCUGAGACAUUUGGAGUCAUUAUGGGUCUUUACUGACUGAAAUUUUUUCAUAUGGCUUCUAAACUUUCGGUUUUUUUUUAUAGUGUGAGUGCGUGCGUG